AUGGACAGGGCCAAGCUAAUUGAGCCGCUUGUACGACCGCCAAAAAUGGACUCUGAAAUGUCUGUGAGUGAGAUGCAGCGCGUGUCAAGUGUCAUGGACGCCAGCGGAGAAACGCACCGCCUUCUCUCCUACAUGCCCGCGCGACUGCAGGAAUUAGGAUGGUGCGACCGAGUGCGUGAGGAAUGCCGCUAUUGGUUGAGGAAGAACAGUGCCAGUGGACAACCAGUGGUUGCAGGCGCAAAGCCAGCAAGCAUCCGGGAUCCCGUAGACAUACCGACAGCCGAGAUUGUCACGGCCUUGGAGGAUAUCGCUAAGACCUGGGUGCCUGAACAAUUGUGCAACGAGAUCGUGCAACAGAUAAUGAAGGUGAUAGAAGAAAAGCUAAUGGAUUAA